UGUGGCAAGUGUAGUGAAGACGCUCUGUGGAGAAGCGCACCCUUCCGCCCCUACUGUGCCGGGUUGCUACGUUACAUGCUUUGGUAGUCCCAGCCAGUUCCACGUCUCGCGGGCCGUUGUGAACUUCGUGGAUUUACGUUUCGAGCCUGCAAGUACCUGACAGUCGAUUUAGGCAUUCUAGUCAUGAUUCUGCCUUCAUAGAAAUUGCAGAACUUGGACUUUGCAAAUUCCCAGAAGUAGGAAGAAAAAUGGCCUCAUUCAAGGAGGAAAUGACCUUCAAGGAUGUGGCUGUGGUCUUCACUGAGGAGGAGCUGGGGCUAUUGGACCCUAUUCAGAGGAAGCUGUACCAAGAUGUGAUGCUGGAGAACUUCCAGAACCUGCUCUCAGUAGGACAUCACCCUUUCAAACAUGAUGUAUUCUACUUAGAAAAGGAAAAAAGGCAUGGUAUGGUGAAGACAGCAAUCCAAAGAAAAGAGAAAUCAGCAGGCAAGAUCCAAAGUGAGAUGGAGACUAUUCCAGAAGUAGGACCACAUGAAGAGCUUUCCUACAGGCAAAUAUGGCAACAGAGCGCAAGUGAUUUAAGCAGGUUUCAAGCCUUUGUGAUAAAUAUUUCUCAGUUUCCCAGACAAGCUGAUUUGUCUUACCAGGUUGGGGCAGAACUACCUAUAACUCUCAUAGGACACAAACUUUACCAGUGUCAUAAUUGUAAAAAAUCUUUCAUUGAUGUCUCCAGCUUUGAUCUUCAUCAACAGUUACAUUCAAGAGAAAAGUCUCACACAUGUGACGAGUGUGGGAAAAGCUUCUGUUAUAGCCCAGCUCUUCAUAUUCACAGAGUUCAUAUGGGAGAGAAAUGUUAUAAGUGUGAUGUGUGUGGUAAAGAAUUCAGUCACAGCUCAUAUCUGCAAACUCAUCAUAGAGUUCACACUGUAGAGAAACCAUUCAAAUGUGUGGAAUGUGGGAAAGGCUUCAGCCGUAGAUCAACACUUACUGUGCAUUGCAAAUUACACACAGGAGAGAAACCUUAUAAUUGUGACAAAUGUGGUAGGGCCUUCAUACAUGCUUCCCAUCUUCAAGAACAUCAGAGAAUCCAUACAGGGGAGAAACCAUUUAAAUGUGAUAUGUGCGGUAAGAACUUCCACCGUAGAUCAGCACUUAAUACUCACUGCAUGGUCCACACAGGAGAGCAACCAUAUAACUGUGAGGACUGUGGAAAGUGCUUCACUUGUAGCUCAAAUCUUUGUAUCCAUCAGAGGGUCCAUACAGGCGAGAAACCUUACAAAUGUGAAGAAUGUGGUAAGUGCUUUAUUCAGCCUUCACAAUUUCAGGCUCAUGGAAGAAUACACACUGGAGAGAAGUCAUAUGUAUGUAAAAUAUGUGGUAAGGGCUUCAUUUAUAUUUCAAGUUUUCAGGCCCAUCAGGGAGUCCACACUGGAGAGAAACCAUACAAAUGUGAUGAGUGUGGGAAGAGGUUCAGGAUGAAAAUCCAUUAUCAAGUACAUCUGGUAAUCCACACAGGAGAGAAACCUUAUAAAUGUGAGAUGUGUGGGAAAGCCUUCCGUCAGAGUUCAUACCUUAAAAUACAUCUGAAAGCACAUAGUGUGGAGAAACCUUACAAGUGUGAAGAGUGUGGACAGGGCUUUAAUCAGAGUUCACGACUGCAGAUUCACCAGCUGAUCCAUACUGGUGAGAAACCAUACAAAUGUGAGGAGUGUGGAAAGGGAUUCAGUCGUAGAGCAGAUCUUAAAAUUCAUUGUAGAAUCCACACAGGAGAGAAACCAUAUAGUUGUGAGGAAUGUGGGAAAGUCUUCAGUCAAGCCUCACAUCUUCUGACCCAUCAGAGAGUCCACAGUGGAGAAAAACCAUUCAAAUGUGAGGAGUGUGGGAAGAGCUUUGGUCGGAGUGCACACCUUCAAGCUCAUCAAAAAGUCCACACUGGAGAAAAGCCAUACAAGUGUGAGAAGUGUGGGAAGGGCUUCAAGUGGAGCCUUAAUCUUGAUAUGCAUCAGAGGGUGCACACAGGAGAGAAACCAUAUAAGUGUGGGGAAUGUGGUAAGUACUUCAGUCAGGCCUCAAGUCUUCAACUUCAUCAGAAUGUGCAUACUGGAGAGAAACCAUACAAAUGUGAUGUGUGUAAUAAAGUCUUCAGUCGGUCUUCACAACUUCAGUAUCACAGGCGAGUUCAUACAGGGGAGAAACCUUACAAAUGUGAGAUAUGUGGUAAGAGUUUCAGAUGGAGAUCAAAUCUUGUAAGUCAUCACAAAAUUCAUGCUGGUGAUACAUUUUAUGAAAGUGAUGGCUCGGUGCCUGUAGCUCAGUGAGUAGGGCACCAGCCACAUAAACACCAGAGCUGGAGGGGUCAAACCCAGCCUAGGGGUUGACAAUAAUGACAACUGCAACAAAAAAAUAGCCGGGUAUUGUGGCGGGCACCUGUAGUCCCAGCUACUUGGGAGGCUGAGGCAAGAGAUUUGCCUAAUCUCAAGAGUUUGAGGUUGCUGUGAGCUGUGACACCACAGCACUUUACCAAAGGCCACAUAGUUUCUGUCUUAGGGAAGAAAAAAAAAAGUGAUGAAAUUGGUAAGAACAUCAGAGAAUUGUUAAAGGUAGUUAGUUCCACAAAGUGAUGUUUUUUAAAAACUCAUGUAUAACCUGAAUUCUUGUAAUCAUGUUUCAUAGGCGAGGAAAUACUUGUUUUAUGUAAGUCAGCAUUUAAAGCAAUAGCUCACUGUAUCCCAGUGGUCCAGAGGCAAUACAGCUGAAAACUGUUUUAAGUGGUACAGUAAGGACUUCAGUUAGACCUCUGGCGUCUAUCAGAAGUCACUUAGGAGAUACGACUUAGAAAGGAAAAGAGUUUGGUUUGGUUUUCAACAAAAGUAUAGUGAUGAGGGUGUCAGAAUUGAUGUCCUCUAAACUGUAAGCUCCAUUGGGGAAGAAACUUUGAUGGAGAAUCUGUAUAACCUUAAUCUUGAUAAGUGCUUGAAGGUGUGAUAAGUGUUUGCUAAAUCACUCAAAAGGAGUAAUGUACAGUAUUAGAAAAUUGUAUCUUAGAGGACAAGACCUGUAAAAUACUCAGGAAAACAAACAUUUGUUGAAAUACUGAAUACUCCAGUGUACAACACUUGUAUGGUAUUACCCUAUUGCAGUUAAUGAUUGUCCUAUCUCUGGCCUGUGCUCUCAAGUUGGGCUCGUAUUGUUUGGGGCCCUGGCUAGUUUUCCAAGGGUUGUAUACAGUAUAAAUUGAACUAUCUUUUGUGAUUUUUUUCUGACAAUGCAUACUAAGUUUUGUUAACCUUACAAUAAUGGAUUACUGAAUAUUACACAAUUAAAUUUUUUUUUUUUUUUUUUUGUAGAGACAGAGUCUCACUCGAUGGCCCUCGGUAGAGUGCCGUGGCCUCACGUAACUCACAGCAAUCUCCAACUCCUGG